UUUCUCUUUUUUAGCUGAUUUCGAAAAAAGAUGAGUGAGGGGAGGAGGAAGAAGAGUGUGAACGGAGGAGGCGCACCGGCGCAAACUAACCCCGACGAUCGGAGAUCUACUCUUCCGGAAGCUGAAGCGGCGGGAAAACGAGCUGUAAUCAAGAGCGCUGACAUGAAGGAGGAUAUGCAGAAGGAAGCUAUCGACAUCGCUAUCACCGCGUUUGAGAAGUACAGCGUGGAGAAGGAGAUAGCUGAGAACAUCAAGAAGGAGUUUGACAAGGUUCAUGGUCCUACGUGGCACUGCAUCGUUGGCCGCAACUUUGGUUCAUAUGUAACACACGAGACGAACCAUUUCGUUUACUUCUACCUCGACCAGAAAGCUGUUCUUCUCUUCAAGUCUGGUUAACAAUUUCAAAAACUAAGAAAGCUCAUCGUUGGAAAAGAUAUUUGUGAUGUUCAAUCCGCAUUAUCAUCGUCAUCACGUUGUAGUUAUAGUUUCUUGUUAUGUAUGUGUUAAAAGGGCUUUAACAAACAGAUUUGGAUAAUAAAAUUUUCUUUCGG